AUGCUGGGCACAGCAGUGCGGGUCUCGGUCCUGCUUGGCCUCCUUGGUGUUGGGAAAGGCCAAAUGUUUCACAUGGGACCGUGCCCAGAUCCAUCUGUUCAAGAAGACUUUGACAUCAACAAGUAUUUGGGGAAAUGGUACGAGAUAGAGAAGCUGCCCUCAGGCUUUGAGAAAGGAAGAUGCGUCCAGGCACAUUACUCACUGAAGGAGAAUGGGAAGUUCAAGGUGAUCAACAAGGAGAUGCUUUCCAAUGGCAAAAUCAACGAAAUUGAAGGGGAAAUCAUGCACAUGGAUGUGAAGCAUCCAGCCAAGCUGGGUGUCCGCUUUAACUGGUUCAUGCCUUCUGCCCCUUACUGGGUCAUCUCAACUGACUAUGAAAACUACUCACUGGUCUAUUCCUGCACCAACAUCCUCUGGCUCUUCCACAUGGAUUAUGCCUGGAUUCUCUCAAGAGCUCCUGAGAUGCACCCAGACACUGUGGAGCAACUGAAGGGCGUUCUCCAGUCCUACAAGAUUGACACUGAGAAAAUGACACCCACGGAUCAAGCUAACUGCCCUCCUGAGAUGUAA